AGAAAUUCCCGCUCUUUCACCCCAAGUCGGUUGAUUUCCCUCCUCUUUCAAGACCCUUCUUCUCCAAUUGAGUAAUCCAAAUGGCGCGGGUUUCAAUUGAAAUAAUUGCCUCUCUGAAAUAUUACAAAGUGAAGAGGUAAGCAAAACAAGCAAAGCUUAACAACAAUCCCGUUAGGGUUUCUGAAAGCUUCAAUGGCUUCUUCUUCCUCAAGAAGUCCCUGCUUUCAAUGUAAAGAUUCAACCUCAGCUAAUUUCAGAAAUGGUUGGCGUCUUCGCAGUGGCAAGUUUGCUCAGCUCUGUCAUCUUUGCGCUUCUGUGUAUGAGGCUGAGAGGUUUUGCGAGACUUUCCAUAGAAGAGAUGAUGGAUGGAGAGAUUGUGAGUCAUGUGGCAAGUUGGUCCAUUGUGGAUGUAUUGUAUCAUUCGACGCAUAUCUGCUGUUGGAUUUUGGUGGAAUUAUGUGUAUGGAGUGCUCAAAGAAGAAUUUCAUUCUUGCACGGAACCAUUGCUUGUCUCAUGAAAGUCAAGUACCAACCGGAGAAUCUCGGCUAGUCCCAUCCAGCCUUGUUACUUUUUAUCGAAUUGAACCAGGAAAGAAACUGGUCAUGGGAUUAAGGAAAAGUUCUGCUGGUUCUACCACCUCAUAGGUUGUUUGCAAUGACAGUCUGAUGAUGAUUUUGAUACUUUGGUUUGUGCCCUUUACCCGUGACCCCCAGAGGUGGAGCUACUCUAUUAGGUGCGGGUUCGGCCGAACCUAGUCACUUUUGCUUAAAUAUUGUAUUUGUACUAGAAAAUUCAUUAAAUAUGUAGAAAAAUUUAAUUGCGAACCCAGUAACUAAGACAAGCUAUGGUUUUCAUGGUAAAUUUAGAACCCAUAAACUUCAAAUCUUGGCUCUACCUCUGGCGACCCCUAUCCCCGUGACCCUAGAUGCUGAAGUUAUAUGUGAACCCAACGAUCUCGUCACAUAAUCUACAAGUGAAAGAUUAUGUUGCU